UGGUGACGAUGAUGACGUGGCACGACGACGACGAUCGCGACGAUGACGGUGAUGACGUGGCACGACGGCGACGAUCACGACGAUGACGUGGCACUACGACGACGAUCACGACGAUUAUGCUGAUGAUGGCCAGGGACUAAGUCUAACAUCAUCUGGGAGAUGUCUGGAUGGAGUUAAGGCAUACCAGCAGGCCUUAGAGAUUGAUCCAGGAUUCAAGGAGGCCUUGGCAAACAUGGGGCAAGCAUACAAAGAGCAUGCAGAUUCACAAAUGGCAGCAGAGUGCUUCCGGAAAGUACUGAAGAUUGACAACAGGCAUGCACUUGCCCGACGGCUUUGGGGACUGAUGCGGCAUGGUCUGGGGAACCACAGGAAGGCUGCGAUGGCUUCCAUUACGAAUAGGAAGAUGGGUGCUGCCAAGGGGUCGCCUUGCUUGACCAAUCUUGACAUUCUGUAGGGGUUGGAUAGGAAGCCUUUGAUUUGAACUAUGCCCUGGGUGUCGUUAGACAAUAUUCUUACCCAUUU